UGGAUCAAUCAGUACACAGGAAUAUUGCGUACAAACACAGAGGAUAGCAGUAAGAAAUACGCGAUAUAAAUCUCAUUGAAUUGACAUAAAAAAAGGAGUUACAAAACCAGGACCGGUUUAUUUUGAUUUAUAGAAGUGAUUCACUUCGGAAAACUGACAACAACUUUCGGCAUCGGGGCUUUUUAUUUUGAAGAGAAGAUGUUGAAAGUUUACCUCAUGCUGGUUUUGUCUGCGGCUGCUGCUGUUGUUUUCGCUGAAUCGGUACGAGAAACAGAAACAUGGGUACCUCUGAAAAACAAGUUGUCCAAUGAGGAUCUGGAGUCUUCUGGCGACUCUCCGAAUGAAGACUUUGAGUUUGCUAAUUUAAACCCAACUGAUGAUGAGGAUGGCUUUGAUGACUAUGAUGAUGAAGAUGAUGAUGAUUAUGAUAGCUCAGGCUCUGGGUUUUUAGAUGAGCCCACAGAAAGCGAGACUGGUAUCUUCAAUAAUAACCGGAUCCCUGAUGAGGGUCCAUUUGCACCGAAGCCAACUGUCAAUAACGAUAUUCUGGUUAAACAAAAUGAGGUCGGCCGGCAUGGAGAACCAAAGCAAGACGAUGACCAGCCCAGCAAUGUGCUCAUGACGCAUGCUGGAGAAGACAACUUUUUCAACAAUACAGAGGUGCUUGCAGCUGUUAUUGCGGGCGGAGCAGUUGGUCUGGUCUUCGCCAUCCUCCUCAUCGUCCUGCUGGUUCACUUCGUUCUCCGCUUCAAGAAGAAAGACGAAGGAAGUUACGACCUGGGCAAGACGCCCAUCUACAAGAAAGCUCCUACCACAGAAAUCUACGCAUGAGCGUCCCCACCCUCACAUACCUUCUCUCUCUCUCUCUCUUUUGAACUAUAAGCUCACACAGUGCCUCGGCCCGAUGGGCCGCCGCCAACCUCUCACGUACCACAAAAACCACAGAAGGACCUCACACGAAUAAUUCACUCUGACUGGACAUUUGCAUUGAAAUCUUAAAGUGACUCGGAGGGGAUAGCGUCAAAAGAUGUCUUUUUGUUCUCUCACACUUACUGCCUUUUCACCUUGUGGCCCAUUGUGUCCAUAAUUUUUUUUCUAAAUAAAACACUACAGGGUACAGUGGAGCCAUUCACAGGUUAAAGGCUUUGGAUUGACCAUUGAACCAGCCGUAAAGAAAAAGAGUCAAUGUCACAAUCGGUGCUACAGAAGGGAUGGUUACUGUAGCCUUUUACGUUAUCAGAUGUCUUUUGUUUUUAAAUCUGUGUGCUGUAAAACGUUUUAUUUCCUUAGUAAAACAUUCGAGGUGGAACCAAAUUGAGGGCAUGCAGUAUACGUUCGAAACUAAAUUCUGUGAGAGCAAAACCUGAAAAUAAGUGUGCUAUACUAAUGUAUACUCAUUUCAACCAUGGUGUUAUGGUACAUUCCUUAUAUCUGUAUGUCAUUGUUGUGGUGGUUUUGUGUGACGAGAGACUCGAUCCACUACAGUGCUGCUUGACCGUCAGCUAAGCUACUUUAACAGGUACAGAUGUUGUUGAUUGAGAAUCAGUUCACUGCAAACAGACUUUGUACAUCCAGGGAUCUGUAUAUAGCCAUUUGAAUAAAAUGUAAAACUUUGGUACUUAGCCAUUUCUUGACAGCCUUUUAUUUACCAAAUAUUUAAAUGCCAAAAUAAUUUUUUUUUUAUUGUUCUUAUAUCUCAUCCCGGUAUUCGCUUUUGGCGUAAAACCUGUUUGUGAAAUGCAGAUGUUUUGCAUCUGAAUCUUUCAGAAACAUUUAUGGAAAUGUUAUGUUUGAAAACAAUGACCAAUGCUAGUACUAACUUUUUUUCAGUGUUUUUGUAGAUGUUCUUAAUUCCCUUUUUUUUUUUUUUUGGUAUUAAUUUAACUGUCAUAUUUUAUUGCCUGCGUUCAGGUCGGGGGUGUUUGUCCCCAUUCUCAACUGUUGUACAUGUGAUAAUUUUAUUUUUUUUUUUUUUUUGGAUUUUAGAUUUGUUUUAUAUACACUAGUGUGAAAAUUCAAAGGCUGUUAGUCUUUUGACAGAUUU